UCUUCAAGGUUUACGACAUUUUGUUUAACGUCGUCAUGUUCCUUUGACACASAAAAAAACAUUUUAUUGAAGAAAAUAGAGCUUUAAAGGACUUCAACAGUUACAUAGAAGACUAAAGAAUCGCCAAAUAUAUAAUUUUGCAUAAAAUGGCUCAUAUGACGGGCGCCAAUAUGACGCCAUUGGGGAGACUUCACCCCGUUCUAGCGAGUAAGCAAAACCCGAAUCCAGAGACUGACCAACCGAGAAUCAAACGUGCUGUUGAAAAUCGCUUUGAUGCAGGUGGUACAGAGAAGAAAAAGAAGAAAAGAAGCCGAUGGGGCAAAGAAGACACUAAAAUGAUYAUCCCAGGAAUGCCGACAACAUUACCACCUAACUUGAAUCCAGAUCAACAAAAGGCUUAUGUUUAUCAACUGAGGAUUGAAGAAAUCAGCCGAAUGUUACGAACUGGAGAUCUUGGUAUUCCAGAAAAUCCGGAAGACAGGUCUCCAUCACCAGAGCCAAUCUACAACACAGAGGGAAAGCGAUUGAACACUAGAGAUUUCCGAGUACGCAAGAGACUUGAAGAAGAGAGGCAUAGACAUAUACAAGAAGCAAUGAAGCUCAACCCUGACUUCAAACCACCAUCAGAUUACAAACCACCGUUAAUCAAGAUUCAAGAUAAGGUUAUGAUUCCCCAGGAUGAAAAUCCAGAAGUUAACUUUAUUGGUCUACUUAUUGGGCCAAGUGCACCAUGGAACUCUUCAGGUCCCAAACCCCUGAUGAGUACUCCAGUUCCCAGGCCCGUCAAUGUCAGACCACCUGGACCAUCAAAUGGAUCAGGAGGACCACCUGCACCAUGGAAUAAACCUCAAGGACUCUUGCCUCCACCAGGACCUCUACCUGGAAUUGCUCCAUUUCAACCUCCGUCAGUAGGUGGACCACCUGUACAGCCACCCCCACCCCCACCACCACCAAACUCAGCAGGAGCUCCUGUACCGCCAUGGCAGACAACAACCUCAGUAGCUCCAUGGCAGGUCCCCCAACAACAAGGAUUUGYCCCUCCUCCACCAUCAUUCCCACAGUUUCAGCCAGCACCUCCACCUCCACCRCCCCCUUCUGACACCCCAUGGGGAUCCCAGUCACUAAUGGGAGCACCUCCUCCACCACCCCCUCCCCCUCCACCAUCAUCCUGAAGAACCUGCAGCAAGAUAGCAUCCACUCAGACAGAAGACAAGAGAAGAACGAUGUAACGAAGUAAAGACGUCGUUUUAUUGUAAAAUGUACGACUUGCUUUAGCUAAAAAAAACGUCAGCUGUGAUUAACUUCUAAAAUCUCUUCACUCAUUAUUUGUCUUUCCUAAUGUUUUUUUAAGGAGAAUUGAGUACAUUAUGACUAAUAGUCAUCAUUUUUGCGAUGGACAUUGGCGUAUCAGAUUGUAAUCUUAUAGAAAAAUUGUAAUCUUAUUUCGUUUUGUCCUGCAAUGUGUUCUACGAUCCUUGUACUCAGAUGCUAUAAUAUCAUAUUUUUAUACUUCACCGUUUGUCUUUUCAUAACAAAAAUGCCUAAGCAUUCGUUAUCAAACUGUAAAUACGAUCGUGUGAGUGGGAAACGAUGCGGCAAAUUCGUAGGCGUACUGUAGCCAUACCUUAUUUAACCGUAACCUAAAUAUCUGAUGUAAUUAUGGAAGACAGUGGGAAGCCGUUUCAGUGUUAUGAAAUGUCGUACUCUAUACCAUCUUUUUGAUUCUUAUAAACCAGAGAUUAAUAAAUUAUAAACGAAACAAGA